AUGAGAAACAUGAACAUAAUAAACUAUAAAUGGGGCAUAUAUUGGUUGAAUAAUAAUAAUAAUAAUAAUAAUAAUAAUAAUAAUAAUAAUAAUAAUAAUAAUAGCAAUAAUAAUGAUUAUAAUUGGUUUAAAUUAUUAAUAAAAAUGAGCAUAAAUAUUUAA